GACUGAACGUAGUCCAGGCACUGCCCAUGGUGCCCCACACAACCCGACACACCAGAACACCCCCUCCUCCACUGCCCAAGAUUCCACUCCGUCCGCAUCAACCUCAAGGCAUCCCUAACCAGACUCCGCAUUCACAGGCCAUCCCUAGAGGCCUUGCUGGGCAGCGACACCCUCAGCCCCAACAAGGCCUUCCAAGCCCUCAAGUGUAUGCAAACCUUCCUGCAGAAGUCAGGGCAACUCGACAGGAUCUAACUCCCACUCAGUUUUCCCUUUUAAAUAAAAGAGAAAAUGCUCACUCCGAGGGCAUCUGGGCAUGUGCUUGGGGUCACUUUGUUCCUGAGGAAAAGUCAGAUGAAAAGUCCAGUGAGGAAAAAGAGGAGAAUAAAGAAAAUGAAGAAACACAAAAUGAAGAGAAGAAUGUCCCCGACAGGGAGCAGAAGUAUGUUGUAACAGGCGGACUGGAUGACCUUGUACGUGUGUGGCAGUGGGGUGGCCUGGGUGACAGUGGAGAAGAAGAGCAGGAGUUAGCACUGCUGCAUACAUUGGAGGGCCACUCACUGGGAGUGAUAUCAGUGGAUGUCAACCCAGCGGGCACCACAGCAGCAUCCUCUUCCCUUGACUCGACAAUACGCCUCUGGAACCUGCACACAGGGGAGCAGCUCCAGAGUAUCGACUGUGGUCCAGUGGAGGCAUGGUCAGUGGUAUUCAGUCCUGAGGGUAAACACAUUGCCUCAGGAAACCAUGCUGGAAAGAUAAACAUUUAUGCUGCUGAAGGGGGCCACCAUGUUACCACCCUGGACACCCGAGGACGCUUCACCUACUCCAUAGCAUAUAGUCGUGAUGGCAAGUAUGUGGCAAGUGGUGCCAUUGAUGGGUUCAUCAAUGUGUUUGAUGUGGAAAGUGGCAAGCUGGUGCACACCCUGGAGGGUCAUGCUAUGACUAUUCGCUCCAUCACCUUCUCCCCAGAUUCACAAUUGCUCCUCACAGCUGCUGAUGACGGACACAUGAAGAUGUAUGAUGUGAAAAGCAGCAACCUGGCGUGUACCCUAUCUGGCCAUGGCUCCUGGGUGCUUAGUGUGGAUUUUGCACCGGAUCAGCAGCACUUUGUCUCCUCGUCUUCAGACCAUACAGUUAAAGUCUGGGACUAUGCCCAGCGCAAUUGCGUCCACACCUUCAAGGACCAUCAUGACCAGGUGUGGUGUGCCAGAUAUAGCCAGGAUAGCAGCAAGAUAGUCAGUGUCUCGGAGGACCGGAGCGUCAUAGUGUUCAACUCCCCAGUUUGAGGCUGCAGUGAUGGAUGCCGUUCAUGGAGAAAACUUACAAAAGCUCCAAUGCUUCUGAGGCUAUUGUGAUGACUCUCAAGUAUAUAAAACACAUCAUUAUUGUGUAAAUGUUUGUAUGACUGUGUGUGGCUGCUUACAUCAUGUUGCUGAUUGACUUACGUAUGUGUGGUGAUCUAUUUAUUUUCUUAGGGCUGUGUAUACCAGCUGAUGGAGUGGAUGCAUAUGAAUCAUUGUUAUCAUAAAGAUUUUUAAUGACUGGCUAGAAAUAUGUCAUGACACUUAUUUAAACCAUUUAAAGGCUUGCAUGUCUGUAUGCGUUGCUGGUUAGUGGCACACUAGAGGUAUAUACCAAGACUUGCAACUGCUCUGUCAUGUAUGAAUUUAUCUGUCUGUUCUUAUUUUCAUAAUUUUUUUUUUAUGAUGCACAGGCUCAAGGUAUUGGAACAAAUUGUACAUAUGUAUUACAUUAUCAUGCAAGGGAGACCUGCCAUAUUACUAAAGUCUGAUAUUACAAAUAAGAGCUGUGUUGUUUUAUUUUGUAUUUAUAUUAAUCUUUUUCCCUAUCUUGAUUUAUGAAAACUGGACAUCAUAUUGAAGCCUGUAAAGUAUAGGUGGGCAUGUGUAAUUUGUUUUCUUGUUGUGCCAUCAGCACAACCCCAACUAUACUUUGAAUGUUGUGCUACAACCACCUGGAAAAAGUUGCACUGUAAAUGCAACUUCAAACAUAACUUAGAAAAUAUUACAGUUCAACCCCUAGUAACCAGCAACUGCGAGGAUUCAGAGAUACCAGAUUGGUGGAAUUCCGGAUACUUGAGGUAUAUUCCGAGUGUUCUCCAUGAAAUUUCAUUGAACCAAACAUGUUAACACAGGUACUUUACACUCAGAAAUGCAUCUACUGACCAUAAGUAUGUAAGAUGGUGUUUGAUCUAUUAGCCAUGCAACACUGUGCAACACCAUCAGCAAUCCAGUAGUGGGUGUGCGACUGCCCUUGCAAUAUCAACAGCAAUAGAGCCAUCAAGUUUCGCCAAAAUGGCGGUGCCAGCUGAACACUUGAAAAAAGACUAAAACCAAGUGCCAGCUGGUGGGGAGAUACUUUGUAGACAAUGGAAACUUUGCAGCCAAUGAGCAUCUCCAGUGUUACUUCUGUUGCAAUUGGACACAGGGCAGCCUUGCAUACAAUUGACUCAUGAUCCAUACACCUCCUGCAGGUGAAUCCAGUGUAACAUUGGAUUAUCUGAGUAUAACAAAGAUGGCAUCCCACGAAAAACAAGCAGCUCCUUCACUAUUCUCUCAGCUGCUUUUACAGUUGACCCUUUACUGGAAAAGUCAAUAAUAGCUGAAGGGAACACUCAUAGAAAGUAAGAAGGUGCAGCAAUGGCCACACCCAUUAACUAUGAAGAACCCUUUGUUUAUGUAGUCCAGCUGACUGUACAUCCCCCCACCCCCUUCCCCGAGUAUAGGCUGAACAUGGCUUGGUCUUGGUUUAGGUGCCCGGCCAAUGCCACCAUCUUGGCAAAACUUGCCAGCGCUGCCGCUGCCACCAGCACAAAGGCAAUCUCACUUUCACUAAUGGACCACUGUCAACGCUGCACAAUGCUGCGUGGCUAAUGGCUCAAAUGUAUGUAGGGUAGGGCUACUCUGGAGGUGGUGGGAGUGCGGCAUGGGUAUUUCAGAUUUUACGUCAGUCAGAUAUUUUAUUUUUUUUCUUGGAAUUUUUAAAAUUUUUGACUGGACAAUUUUUUUCUGGAUACUUUGGGGUGUCCAUUUAGUCAAGGUUUUACUGUAUUACCUAUCAAUUUACUUAUAUAUAAGUAGAACAAAAUAUGGUAGACGCAAUCUGUUAUUGUCAAUAUAACACUGGGUUUCACAUUUAACCCUUUCAGUGCUAAAUUGUUGCAGCGAUGCCGCACGAUACAGUGCUAAAACGUCACUGCGACAAUUGAUCACAAUACAUGUUCCAACACUAUUCCACACUCCAUUGUAACUUUAUUCUGAUUGGUACACAUUAUAUAGUUGACUGUCUUUGCCCCCCUCCCCCACCUUCACAACCACACCUCCAUAUGUGAAACAGCUGUAUAGUAUUUUCCUUUUUCUUUCCAAUGAUAUGCUUGGAUAUUUCCUACAAUGCAUAGUUACAGAGACGUGGAGGUGAAAAGAAAGCCCCACCCCCUCCCUGCCCGACCGCUCACAGGGGGAUUGGAGAGCGUGACACAUUUUAGACUGACAGGGUUAACUGAAUACUGCAAAAUAAGUGCAUGAGGCUUACAUCUAAAAAAGUUAGGGAAUUAAUGCAGUGGGGAAAAGGGUAAUUGGUUCUGAGCUCAACUGAAAAUUUGCCAAAGUAUAUUUUUGCCCUCCUCCCUCCAAUACUGUCAAUACUAGAAAUUUUAAGAAUAAACAUACAUAGUGUACUGUAACAAAAGAAAAUUGACAUAUUCCUCACCUAGCAGACUGGAAUGAGGUGUUGGUCAUCAGAGGCUAGUGAUUUAUUUAUUUAUUUAUUUUUUCACAGCAAACAGCUCAAGGGCAAAAACAAGCUAAAACAAAAAAGCCCACUAAGAGAGGUCAAUUUCAGAUGGAGAGGUGUCUUGAUACUUUCCUCUUGAAAGAGGUCAAGUCAUAGGUAGGAAGAAUUACAUAUGAAGAAAGGCUGUUCCAGAGUUUACCAGUGAAAGGGAUGAAAGGGUGAAGAUGCUAUAGUCCUAAAAAUUUUAAGUUGCAGCUGUUACAUAGCACCUCUGUUUCACCCUUCUGCCACUUUUCCAAUUGACCACCUGUAUCACGCAUUCCUAUACAAUUUUCUUUCUCUUCCUCUCACUUAUACAAAAAGGCUACAUGUUUUGUUUGUGAAUGAUUCAAAUUUUGUUAGUGAGUGCAAAGAACUUUGUACAACACCUGGCGUUGUUGCCCCUACGGCGUUAUCAGUUCAGCUGACCUUUCCCAACCCCACAUUCAGUAAAACCUCAUUUAUCUGGCAUCCAAAAACAUCACGAAUCUGAUCUAUCUUGAUCUUGAUUUCACAGGUGACAGGAUCUGCCGUUGUAUUGUUUAUGCCAGGGCUGCCAAAACAGAGUUGGCAACUAUGCGGCAUAACAAACGGAUUACCUGCCAUAGACCAGAGUGUUGUGCAUCCGUAUCGAGACCUGCCUUUUACUGUUAAUACCGGACCAUUGGGCCUGUUAUUCAGUGGCAUCAUGCCUAAGGUUACCAAGAAGAGGAAGCACAAGGUGCUUACCUUGAAGCAGAAGUUGGAGAUCUGCCAGAGACAUGAGAUACAUGAAUCCCGCCAUAGUCUGAUGGAUGAUGGAGGAAUUCAUCGGAAUUUGUCAAUUCUAAAGGAAUAAGUCUCAAAACAAUGGCAAAACGGAUUAUCCGGCACGAGCUUCCCGCUGUUCGUGCCAGAUAAACAAGGUUCUACUGUACCUGGGAUGGACUGACUGCCAUUUUUGUCAGAAAUAACAUUUUGUUGUGCGUCUGACACUUGCCAUACACUGUAUGCCAUAUGCCAUAAUAUUGAUAAAAUAUGGGGACUGUACUGUAUUUUAUACCCAUAAAAUGACAGGACUCUCAAGGGUAGGCGGUGGCUUAGGGGAUAGCAUGAUGGUGCCACGUCCAGGAUGACGUGGAUUCGCGGCUGUCACCGCCGAGUGGCCUAAGACUACCCACAUGAUGUUCAGAAGACCACCUAUCAACUGGGUCAUUCCACAAAAACGUCAACCUUUAGUGUGAAUCUCAGAAUUGAUCUAAAAUAUAUGCAUUACAUACCAAAUUAAAGUUUGAACCUUGAAUUUUACGAAUCUGGAUAUAAUUUUUGUAAGAACUGUGUAUUAAGAGUGAGGCAUUUGAUAAUGUCAUUGCAUGUCACCGAAUAUUAAUUCAUGCUGAAUUUUGUGAUAUACAUAUCACUGUUUUAGCUUAGUAAGCAUGUGUUUGGAAAGCUGUCCUUGAUUUUUAUAUAAAUUACAACCAUUUAAUUUUAAUUAUCACUAUAUUGUUCACAUUAAACUAUAUGGUCAGACUGUGGCACGGUCUUGAAGUGAAAGUACUUUGAGUGUAACGUGUGACGUUUUUUCCCCAUUUUUCCCAUACAUAACUUAUGCACUGGAGAAAAAUAACAUAACUUUAUAUUAUAAAUAGGAUUCCUAAUACCUUGCUAAUGAUACCCUAAAAUAUCUUGUAAGAGACCCCAGUAGGCCACAGGCUCCGUCACACACGUUACAUGCGUAGCAUGAGAAACGUUACCGAAGCAUGCGGUAGCGUUUCUCACGCAUGCCAUCUCUUAGUGAAAUGUCAGAGUCACUCAUUACACAGCCAGAGUCUACCACUGAAGUUGAACCAGCUCCCAAGCCAGUACCAGGUAGCUAUGUACUGGUUCAUUAUACAACCAAGAAGAUAUCUAAACAUUAUGUUGCAGUCAUUGAGUCAGAGUCUGAAGAGGGGAUGUUCAAUGUAAAUUACCUUAGAAAGAAGGGCACCGACAGUUGGUCAUACUCACUUUAAUUUCCCUGACAUUCAAGACAAAGAUGAGAUAUCAGAGGAUAUGAUUGUACAGUCCUUACCAACUCCUGAAGUGUUGAGGAUGAUACACACAUUCAAAGGGGUAACUUUCCCCUCUUCAAUAAACUAGUUGUUCAGAUAUAUACUGAUUUCACCCUGAAAACGAUUAUGUAACUUAAUCAAGAACAUGAAUAUUUGGUCUAUUCUUUUAUUUGUUUAAAUGAGUUAAGGGUACGUCGCCUGACCUUACAGGUGUGGUGACAUUAGAUUUCUUUUUUUUCUCAUUGUGUUGUACAUACUUACCCCUUACCACAAGCUGUUAUUUGCCAAGUUCUACUUUCGGUAUAUACAGUACGUAGUGAGGACACUGGAAAUAGUGUUAAUAAUUUAAAACAUGUAAUUUAUCAUUUCUCCAUAUUGGUCUGACCAUGCUCUUUUUUCUACAUUUCAAAUGAAAGAUUAGACAUCUAAAAUCAAUAAUUCCAGAGUAGAUUUAAUAUAAUUUACAUCUACAAUUUAUUGCAAAUUUUUACAUGUGAAGUACAUAUUUAUAUGCCUUAAAAUUAUUGAGGAAAAUGAAAAAAAUAUUAUAAAUGAAUGUUCCUUUUAUUUGUUUUUGGAAAAAAAAGACCUCAAAAUAUACUUUAAAGUGCAAAAAGAAUCAUUAAAAUCCGUUAAUUCUAAGCAGAGUUAUGUUGCAGCAAAGUAUGAAAAAGUAAGUUUUAAGUAAAUGGACACUUAAAGUUUGCCAGCAUUAAAAGGCCGUCCAUUUAAAGUUAAAACUCCCCAGCUGCAUAUUCUUUUGAGUCUCCCUUCACUCUCUUAUGUUGUUUUUGCCCUCCCACACACUCCUGUUUUCUAUCUUCUCUUUUGAGGGCAAUUUUUCCUAUGUAUGUAGUUGGUAUUUCAAGCAGUGGCUGAACAUUUCCAACUUUGUAACCUGCAUUAUAGUCAUAAAGUCUUCAGAGCAGCACGGGCCUUCUCUGCACUUUUACGUAGUGCCUUCUUGCCUUUCUUGACUACACCCAUGAUGUAGAAAAGCAAGUUAAUGAUGAAGUAUGAGGAGACCAGAAUAAAAGUAUAACCCGCUC